AUGGCAGUGUUAGUCGAGGUUCCUCACAUCACCGCCUGGGUUCGGGUCGCUGGGGAGUUAGCGACUGAACACGGAGUCCCGGAUGAUUUCGAAAUGAUCGAUCAUACUCGCACAGCAGAUGACACAACACCAAUCAAACACUGCUCUAUCGAGUGCAAGUCCGGUGCCGAGUUUGCUAUCGAAGUCACAGACUCUUCUGGUUUCAAAAUUCCCAGGAACAACGACGCGGUCUGGGUGGACAUAUACCUUGAUGGAGAAUGGAGGGGCAAUGAUGGAAUAUACAGGCGCGAAUUACUCAACAAGAAGCACAUCACCAUAAACCUAUCGUCCGCAUUAUUUUCUACAGAUGAUUCUGCUUCCAAAUCAAAGAUUGAGGAAGAUUUUUUCCGAGCCAAGGACUUAGGAGUGAUCAGGGUUGUCAUCUCAACAAGCAAGUGUUCAAAGAAACAGUGCAAAGGAAGUCCUUGUCCAACUCUCACCGAGCAGCAACAAGAUUUCGCGGAGAAAGCGUCGAAGGGCAAAGGAGUAAGCCAUACAACUACCGUAGAACUGAAAGAUUCUAGCUUUGCUGAGACGGGGUCUAUUGUUCCUAUUCCUGACAUGGUCAAUGUCGAGAAUGAAGUUAUUGCUGGAAACUUCUUCUUUCAUUACCGAUCGCACAGUAUGGUAUACUUUCUGGCAACGGGCACGGAACAAAAACUGACUAUCUGUGAUACAGAAGCACUACAACACGAACUGAUCACCCCACAAACUCCCUCACCAGAGCCUCCAGUUGUGCCCGACGAUGGUGAAGACGUUCUUUCUCAUCUAUCGGAGAGUGAGAUACGAUGUCUUGCAAUGGAAAGACUGCGUGACAAUAAUAUCAAGCAGGAGUCUUCUGGGAUCAAACACGAGGCGGAUGAACAUCCAGUUACCACUAGACCAUGGAAAGCCUUCAAGCUCGAUGACGGGAAGGAGGCCUUUGAUUUGACAGAUGAGUGA